AUGCCUCCGAAGGCAAAGAAGAAGACCACGACGACGACGAGUACUUCUGCUUUUGCUUCUGUUGGUGGUGUUCCUCCUCCUCCUUUACCUCUUCCAAAAAAGACGACGCAGACUUCUCUCGGGGAAACGAUGACGAUGAAAAAUGUUUCGUCUUCUUCGAAGCGAACGAAGUCUGCGAAUACGAACGCGACGAAGAACACAACCGUUCCUCCUCCUCCUAAUAAUAAGAGUACGAAGAAGAAAGAAACAUCAACGAUGAAUAUCAGUAAACCUUUAUCCGCGUCUGAAAAGCUCCGGUUGAAAGAACAAAUCGAAAGAGACGCCUUUGCAUCGAAAGAAAAAAUCCGGAUCGAAAACGAAAGGAAAAGCAACGAAGAGAAGGAAAAACUGUUCCUCAAGAAGAAAAAAGAACUGGACGUGAGAAAGCAAACGAGACUGAAAAGAGAAAAGCUACGAUUAAAAAACGAAGAAUUCGAUGCAGUUUUAAAGGAAAACGAUAAAUCGAAAGAAAAAGAAAUGGAAAACAAGUUACGCCAGAUGGAUUCCGCGAUCAAGAAGAACGUCGCGCUGGUGAAAAAGCUGAAAACGAGCGCGAUUACGGAAGCGACAUCUGUGACUUUAAAAAGCGAUUUUGAAUCGAAAAUAAACGCGUCGAAAUAUAUGGAAGAAUGUAUAAUUGCCAUCUCGAGAGGGAAGUUGAAAGGAUCGGACGCGUUUUACGCUGCGGAGGUUAUACAUUCAAUGUUUGGGCAACUGUUUCAAAAGAAUCAAAGGACGGAGAUGAAGGAGAUGUUGAAGAAGGAAAUUUUGGCAAUCGCGACGCCGAUGAGUAGCGCAGAGGCUGCACAGAUGGCUUUAGAAAUAGGAUUAGGAUUAGGAGUAGGGUUAGGAAUAGGAGGAGAUAGUAGUGUUGGAGGACAACAAGGAGAAGACCUUAACAACGACGACGACGACGAAGAGAACAAACCGCCGACGCCGUUGUUAAGAAGAGCGAAAUUGUGUUUGUUGGCGGAAUUAUACUUGAUAUCGAUCAUCGAUUCGCCAAAGUGCGUGUACGAAGUGGUUAAAAAACACGCGGAGAUGGAGUACGACGUCGCUCCGGAAGCGUAUUUGCAAUCGUUGAGCGCUUUGGCGUUUUUCGCCAAGACGUAUUCGCUGGAAUUUUUAGGCAAAGAGGAUGUGAAAUUAAUUUCAAUUAAUUCAACAGAAGGAGAAGAAAAAGAAGCAAAAACAGACGACGUAAACGACGUAAACGACGAUGAAGAAAAGAAUAGUGUCGUCGUCAAGUGCAAACCGGAGGUGUGCGAGAAAUUCGCGCAAAUUAUCCACGAAAAGUACGAAAAGGACGCGUUGGUAAAAUUAGCCGCCUCGGUACGACUGGCGAGCGCGAGGGAGGAGGACGUUUUGAGAGUUUUAAAAACCAAAGGCGAAGUUCCCGCGCAAGUGUCUUCGGCGUUUUCGAAAGCGACGGCGACGAGAGAUGCGUUGUUGAAACAGUGUCAAACCUUAGCGGAAGCGUUGCGCGUGGAUAAGAUUCCAAAGCUGGAGGAUUUCAUGGACGACGAUAUCGACGAUAAAGAUAAAAAUAAAGAGGCGAACAGAAUUGAACUCGAUCGAGGAUUGAAACAACGAAACGCCGCUGCCGCAAACGAGAACAAUUCCGAUGUCAACGCCUCUGAGUGGGAAAGCGACGAGCAAAGACGCUUUUACCAAGAUUUGUUGCCGAUUAAAGAGUCGAUUCCGGCGGUGCUUCUCGUUGAAAAGCCGGCGCUGGAGAACGAAACGGACGCAGAAAAAAAACGGAGAGAAGAUCAAGAGUCAAAAGAUUUCAAGGUGGACGCGUUGAUGAAUCGAUUGCGGCGCGACUGCGAAAACGCGGAAAAAGUUGACGCGUUCGCGGUGGAUUUCUGUUACGUCGCGACGCCGGGAGCCAAGAAGCGUUUGGCCGAGGAGUUGUUGUCGCCUCCGGAAUUAACCAACAUGAAGAAUAACAACAACAACAACAACAACAACAACAACAACGCGAUGACGGAGAAUAGUAGCAACCAACAACAAAACGCUUUGUUGAUGUCUCCGCUCGUUCCUUUUUACGCCAGAGUGCUUAAACUCAUGUCCAAAGUCUUCCCAAAAGACAUCUCGGACGUCGUCGCGAGUAAAGUUCUCGAGAAGUUUUUCAACCUGAACACGACGAUUCAGACGACGACGACGCCGCAACCGAGAUCUAAUGUGCAUUCAUCAUCUCAACAACAAUUGUUGAAACAAAAGUUGCAAAACGUGCACUACGUUUCCGAGUUGAUCAAGUUCGAGUUGAUUGACCCGUCCGCGGAGGCCAUGCAGUGUUUACAAAUCUUAAUCGAGAAUUUCGAACGCGUGAACAGUUUAAACGCCGCACAAAAUGGCGCGGUGGAGUUAAUGUGCGCGUUCGUGUACAGGUGCGGACGGUUUCUGUGUAAAUCCGCGAAAUCCAAGAAGAGGGCGAAUACGUUCCUCGACAUCAUUUUGCGCUUGAAAUCAAUCGUUUCGAAAUAUUUGGACGAGACGCAAAUGGCGUUGGUCGACGAAGCGUAUUACGCCGCGCGGCCGAGGGAGGUCUUUCGAACCACGAAACCUCCUAAACCAGUACUGUUCGAGUACGUAAAGUAUAUAUUCGUGGAGCAAAUGUCCGCGGAUCCAUCCUUGGCGAAAAGACAACUCGCGAAAGUCUUGAAACAUUGCGAUCAAUUCGACGACGUGCACUUGGAAAGGUACCUCAUCCGAAGGGCGAUUAAGCACUCGCAACAAAAGUUUGACGACGCCGAACGCGUGGUGAGACUCAUGAGCAAACUCUCGCAAAACCAAAAGGACGUAAAGAAGAACGAACUCAUCGUCAAAUUCACCGACGCCGCUUUAGAGGAGUUUCGUUUCGGUCUCGAGCAAAAUCUGAGCCACAUGACGCAACGAAGAGUCUCCAACGCUAGAGUGAUUGGCGAAUUAUUCAGCCAAAGAUGUUUACACGCCGAAUCCAUUUUCUCGUGCCUGUUCUUACUCUUGAAUAAUUUGGAACCGUUCAAUAACGACUUCGAUAGGAAAGAUCCUAUAAGAGUACGAGUGGCGAACGUCUUGCUCGAGAAAUGUGGUCGAUUUUUCAAUCGAGGAUGGCAGAAGAAAAAAUUAGACGUCUUUUUGACGUAUUUUCAGAGGUACAUGCGAUCGAAAACGUUAAGCAUGGACGUGAACAACGACGCGGUGAACAUCAUCAAAGAGUUGAGGCCGCAAAUGAAAAUUUGCGAAUCGUUUCAAGAGGCGCACGAGAAGUGCGUGAAAAUGGAGGAGAGGUUUGGCGUCGUUUCAUCGAGCGCCGUCGAAGGAGAGAAGAAAGGCUCCGGCGGUUUAGGAACGUUGGCGGAGGAUGAAGAGAUGGAGGAAGAAGAAGAAAACGGUGAUGAUACCGACGACGACGACGACGACGGUGAAUCAGAGACUUUAGAAGACGACUACGCUUCGUCAAUGUCUGGUGAUUCAUCGGACGAUGACGAAGAUGAAGAGGAAGAAGAAGAGAGCGACGAAGACGACGACGAUGAUGAUGAUGAAAGCGUAUCAUCGUCCGACGACAGUAACGUCAGUUUUUCAUCUUCAGAAUCUUCAGAAUCGUCGUCGUCGGAAGAACAAGAGGUCGAAGUGCGAAUGAAAACCGUCGUGGCGUCGCGCCAAGAAGAAUCUGAGUUUGAGCGCGAGAUGGAGAAAUUUUUGGGCGUCGGUAGCGUCAAGGUAAACAGAAACGACGAGAACAAACAACAAACAACCGCGAUACCUUCGGGGCCAAACGUUGGAAAGUCACCACCACCAGCAUUUGCGGCACAAUCCAUCGCGUUCAAAAUGAUGCGCAAAGGUAAAGACGGUAAACGAGAAAAGGUUGACAUCGCGCUCCCGGAAACCGCCUCGUUCGCGAUGGAAGCGAAGAAGCGGCAAAUCAUGGAAGCCGAGGAACUCUCUGAAGUGCGUCGAUUGACGUUACAAAGAACCGCGGACAUGCAAGAAGAAGCCAUUUCAUUAGAGAAACAAAACAAAGAAGGGGGCAUCAAUAGCAUGAAGUAA